CAAAUAAAUCCAAACCAAAAUCCUAACACAAAUCCAAAAUCUCCAAAGAUCCAACCACCAUGUCGAGAUCGACGACACCGCUAUCGUUGCUACAUGUAGUAGUAGCUUUGCUGUAUCUGCAGGUUGUCGGGUCGUUCCACCUGGUCUCUCAGUAUCAGUAUACUAAUAGUCCGCAGAAGCAAUCGUACCGAACGACGCCGCUGUACGCCCUUCCCAAAGACCAACUGUUGCAACUCGCCAAAGAGUACGUGGCGAAUCCUUCGUUGGAAGCGUUAGCCGAUGACUUUAUCUUUCGAGGUCCCGUAAUUGGUCCCUUGAACAAGAAGGAUUUCGCCGCCACAUUUGAAUCCGUGGCCAAGAGCGAAAAUGACAUUGGCACGGCAUUUCCCGACAUGGAACCCAAUGCCUUUGGUUUUACCGCCGACGAUCCCGUAGAACCCAAUCGAGUCUGGUACUUUGUACGACCCCGCGGAACCUUUACGGGUCCUUUUGAUCACCCCGUCGUGGGGCGCAUUGAACCCACGGGAGCCAAGUACAUUGCUCCUCCUGAAGCGAGAUCUGUCAUUUUCAAUGACGAAGGCAGAGUCCAGUAUCAGAGCGUUGGGUACGUGACGGAUCGAUUCACGGGAGAUACCACGGGUGGACAGGGGGCCGUAUUUGGACUCUAUGCCGUCAUGGGACAAGAACUGGAUGAUACUGUGGGGAGCCCUGUUACCGUGCUUCUGCAAAAAAUAGCGGAAUGGUUGCCAGAAGGAAUGGUGCCCAAAUCCUACUCCAAAAAGGAGGAAUUGCCAUCGUGGUGGAAGGAUGAACGAAUGGGUGCCCAAAAAUAGCAAACGAAUUGGUCACUUUGGGAGUUUUAUUUGAGCUCAAUCGAGUCGACAAUCUAUCCAUCCAUCCAUCUGCCGACCGACCAAUCAGGCAACAGGAUCCAAAUGGUAUACAUCACAGAUUACUUCGUCAGUCAAAUUGAUCCUGAUGAACCACUCGGGGGUACAAGUGGCUGUUCCAACAGGCUACUAGAACAUCACUCACUCGAUGAUGGAAGCCAGUCUUCUUAGCUUUCUCAUGCUGGGGAAGGGCCAUCACAUCAAUGGCACCUUGAUCACGGUGCGACUCAACAACCACCAAGGAGACAUUUGGAGGUAAAAUCAGUACGGAGAUCGCCACCAUCUUGCUUGAACGACCAGACAUAAGGAGUGGGAGCAUGAGAGGGAUCAGUGGGGUCAAUUGGAGCAAUUGCUGGGCGAGCAAGAGUGAUACGAGGUUCGUUUCAGAGGGAACGAAAGCAACAGGCACCACUAUGAUUCUAGGAGAUUUCUUUUGCAACUAUUUGUUGUACAUGUACUAUUAGCGCCGAUGAAAACUACAUGUACAUGUAUCAGCGCGCCUUGAAUCUCCGGGGGCUGCGCCUUUUAUUUACCCUGGGUAUGAGCAUACGGACCCACAAGGAAUCCCCUGGCCUGGACUUCAUCUUUUAAAUUAAUAAAAGAGCAGAUUAUGAUGAG